AUGGAGAAUCGUCGUGAUAAGCCCAUCCAUGCCAAUCGCAUGAUGCGCGUUAUCUGCAUCGGAGCAGGGCCGUCAGGAUUAUAUCUUGCAUAUAUGCUUAAGACAUCAUUUACGGACUAUACGCUGGAAGUGUAUGAGAAGAAUGAAGAUAUCGGGGGAACUUGGUUUGAGAAUCGAUAUCCCGGAUGUACCUGUGACGUCCCAUCGCACAUGUACACUUACUCCUUCGAGCCUAAGUGGGACUGGUCAGCUAGUUACGCAUCAGCCCCGGAGGUCCAUAGCUACUUCUCUGGGUUUGCGGACAAACAUGGUCUUCGCGAUUUUAUCAAUUGCAACCAUCGGGUGGUGGGUGCGAAUUGGGAUGAUGCAAACUCACAAUGGAAGGUUCGAGUUGAGAAUGCCAACAAGGAAAUCUUUGAGAAAAGGUGCGACUUCCUAAUAAAUGCCACUGGCUAUUUAAACUCCCGGCGUUGGCCUUCCACACCAGGUCUUGGAUCAUUCAAAGGAAUGCUGCUCCAUACCGCAAAUUGGGAUGAAUCUUUGUCGUUGACUGGAAAGCGGGUCGGGUUGAUUGGGAAUGGGUCUUCCGGUAUACAGUUGCUUCCUGAGCUUCAAAGAACUGCAGAGCAUGUCAUAGCCUUCAUGCGCAGACCGACUUGGGUGAUACCAAAAUUGAGAUACCAAAAACGCAGUUACACAGAUGAAGAGAAGCAGACGUUUCAAGAUAAUCCCAGAGAACUGCUCCGGCUACGGAAAGAUAUCGAGGCCAACUAUGCGACCUUUUUGCCCCUCUUCCUUAAAGACACGGUGCCCCAAAAAGCAGCCACCCAAUGGUCGAAACAAUUAAUGAAAGAUGCGAUUGGUGAUGAUAGGCUUGCAGAAAAGCUGAUUCCAGGACAUCCACUAGGAUGUCGUCGCCUUACACCCAGUACGGAAUACCUAGGAAGCCUCCAAAAGCCCAACGUCACGCCUGUCAUUGGGAAUAUUAAGAAGAUAAUACCGUCUGGCGGCAUAAUGCUAGACGGCAGCGAGUAUGCAUUUGAUGUUUUGGUUUGUGCCACAGGCUUCCACACCAGCUUUCGACCCGCGUUUCCAUUAAUAGGUCGCGAUGACACCAAUCUUGCCGAAGCAUGGGAAAAGGAACCUCGAAGUUACCUGGGAGUCGCGGCCCACGGUUUUCCGAACUACUUCAUGUUACUUGGCCCUAACAGCCCCCUGGCCAAUUCACCCGUCAUCAUUUGCAUCGAGGCGCAGGGACACUAUAUCGCUAGGUUUCUCAAUCGGUGGCAGAAAGAAGACAUCCGCACGUUCGAGCCUAAGGUAGAAGCGGUCGAUGACUUCAUGGAGCAGAAGGACUUAUUCAUGAAGAGCACAGUCUGGGAGAGCGACUGUCGAUCUUGGUUUAAAAAUGCCAAUACCGGUAAGGUCAGUGGACUAUGGCCUGGGAGCGGACUGAGCUAUAUAGAAGCCCUAGCCGUUCAGCGGUUCGAGGAUUUCCACGUCACAUACGCGACAAAGAACCGGUUCGCCUAUCUAGGGAAUGGAUUCAGUCAAACGCACUUACAACCUGGAAGCGACCUGGCAUAUUAUGUGCGCCACGAGGACAAUGGUGAAUCGGUGUUUCCUGAGUUGAUGAGUGUUGAUAAUGCCAAGGACACCGCCGACUCUCUGGCGGCAAAGGAAGAGAUGAACUGGUUGCUCUAG